GUAAAUAUCUUUAUCGAACGGUAUUUGUGUGGCCUUGGCUGAACUCAAUCUCGCUGUCUCUCUUUAGAUUAUCUCUUCACCUCCUUCCUUCAAAUCCAUCGUUUAUUUGUCCAAAACCCCGACACAACUCUUCUUCUCAAUUCAAAAAUAACUUAUAAGCUUCUCUCUCUUCAAUUAAAAGAUCUUAUUGUUAAGCAUUUCAUUCAAUAAUUUAAGUUGUUUAUGUUUGUGUAUUGUUUAAUGCUUAGUUCGAUUCAAUGAGAUUGUUCUCUUGCAUUGCAAAUGGCUUCUGCUCCUUCUAUGUCAGUGUCAGUGGAGUGCGUUAACAUAUGCAAGUUUUCGAAAGGCGACGCCAGUGGAAGAUAUUAUGAUUGUAGCGUUUUCUCAUGUGCUUGGAAAGCGCCGAGAGCUCUGACUGGGUUUCUUGCCAGCACUGCACAUCCUGCUCACUGUUCUUCUUUGUCAUAUUCUUCUAACGGAAGAAGAAAGCGAAUCAAUUUGAGGUGUGAAGCCAUUGAUGUUGGAGGUUGGUGCACUGAUGCUUCAGACUUUGUAAUUCCUGGAAAACUCUUCAGAUCAAGUUUGCUUAAUGUUUCUUGUAAAAGAUGGCAGUCGUGCUGUUCCCCACCCAUCUCUUCAACUGCUUUCAGUAACAUUUCUCCUGAAAGGUUGUGGGAGGAUCUUAGGCCCACCAUAUCGUACCUUUCCCUUAAAGAAUUGGAAUUGGUCCAUAAUGCGCUUAAUCUAGCUUUUGAGGCACAUGAUGGUCAAAAAAGACGUAGUGGAGAGCCUUUCAUCAUUCAUCCCGUUGAAGUUGCACGAAUUCUGGGAGAACUUGAACUAGAUUGGGAAUCUAUUGCGGCUGGGUUACUGCAUGACACAGUUGAGGAUACAAAUGUGGUCACAUUUGAGAGAAUAGAGGAAGAGUUUGGUGCUACUGUAAGACACAUUGUAGAAGGAGAGACCAAGGUAUCCAAACUUGGAAAGCUGAAGUGUAAGAAGGAAAACAAUUCAGUGCAGGAUGUUGAAGCCGAUGAUCUUCGGCAAAUGUUUCUUGCCAUGACAGAGGAGGUUCGCGUUAUCAUUGUCAAAUUAGCCGAUAGAUUACAUAACAUGCGCACUCUUUCGCACAUGCCUCCUCAUAAGCAGUCCAGCAUUGCAACGGAGACAUUGCAGGUCUUUGCUCCUUUGGCAAAAUUGUUAGGGAUGUACCAAAUUAAGUCUGAACUUGAAAAUCUAUCCUUUAUGUACACAAACGCUGAAGAUUAUGCGAAGGUCAAAAGACGAGUUUCAGAUCUUUAUAAAGAACACGAGAAAGAACUUGCAGAGGCAAACAGUAUUUUAAAGAAGAAGAUUGAGGAUGAUCAGUUCUUAGAACUCAUGACUCUGAAAACCAAAGUUCACUCUGCAUGUGAGGAACCUUACAGCAUCUAUAAAUCUGUGCUCAAAUCAAAAUGUUCAAUUAAUGAGGUUAACCAAAUAGCACAGCUUCGCAUUAUAAUAAAACCAAAGCCAUGUAUCGGAGUGGGACCUUUGUGCAGUCCUCAGCAGAUGAAAGAUUACAUUGCAACCCCAAAGCCUAAUGGCUAUCAAAGUCUCCAUACCACUGUGAUUCCCUUUUUGUAUGAGAGCAUGUUGCGACUGGAAGUUCAGAUAAGAACUGAAGAGAUGGAUCUGAUAGCUGAAAGAGGCAUUGCUGCUCACUAUAGUGGAAGGGUAUUUGUCACUGGCUUAGUUGGACAUGCAAUGCCUAAUGGUAGAACUUCAAGAGGGAAAACUGUCUGCCUUAACAAUGCAAACAUUGCACUCAGGAUUAGCUGGCUCAAUGCUAUUAGAGAAUGGCAAGAGGAGUUUGUUGGCAACAUGUCCUCCAGAGAAUUUGUAGAUACUAUCACAAGAGAUCUCUUAGGUAGUUGCGUCUUUGUCUUUACUCCAAGGGGAGAGAUAAAAAAUUUGCCUAAAGGAGCAACUGUUAUUGACUAUGCUUAUAUGAUACAUACUGAAAUUGGCAACAAGAUUGUUGCUGCUAAGGUCAAUGGUAAUAUUGUUUCUCCUACACAUGUACUUGCCAAUGCUGAAGUUGUGGAGAUCAUCACCUAUAAUGCGCUCUCUAGCAAAUCAGCUUUCCAAAGGCAUAAGCAGUGGUUGCAACACGCUAAAACACGUUGUGCCAGGCACAAAAUUAUGAAAUUUUUAAAGGAGCAAGCUGCAAUGUCUGCUGCUGAAAUAACAGCAGAUACGGGAAGUGAUUUUAUUGCUGAUUCUGAAGAGGAGAGUGAAGGAGAAGAGCUUUUAGGUAGUUCCAAACAGAGCAGACCUUUGUGGGAGAAGAUCCUUAUGAAUGUUGUUGACAUGUCAUGUCCAAUUCGAAGUUCUAAAGAUACAUUUCCUGUUAACAACGGAAGUAUUUGGCGUCCAAAGGUCAAUGGCAAACAUAACAAGCAUGUACAGCAUGUCAGUUUGAAGGCCAAGAGAGAGUUGUCUUCACUAGAAAACGGUUUUGCCAAAAUGAUGUCAGCAAAUAUUCCUUUGUAUAAGGAAGUCUUGCCUUGUUUGCAAAGUUGGCAGGCCAGUAAAAUUGCUGAUUGGCACAAUCUUGAGGGGCAUUCCAUUCAAUGGUUUUGUGUGGUAUGCAUAGAACAAAAAGGCAUGAUGGCUGAGGUCACAACAGCAUUAGCAGCUGUAGGCAUCACUAUAUGUUCUUGUGUGGCUGAAACUGAUAGAGGAAGGGGAAUGGCAGUCAUGUUGUUUCAUAUUGAAGGGAAUCUCGAGAGUUUGGUUAGUGCCUGCUCAAGUGUGGAUCUGAUCAUAGGUGUUUUGGGAUGGUCUAUGGGCUGUAGCUGGCCAAGCUUCAUGGAAAACCAUCAAUUUCUUGAAUGCUAAGCAAUCAGUGGAGGAAGGUGCACACUAUUGAAUUGGUUCACCCAGCAGUUGCAAGGUUGGGUAUGAAGUUUUGUCCUGGAGGAUUGGUUUCCUAUGAUAGAUCUUGAGUAGUUAGUUACAAAGUCUCAUUUAUUUGUUGAACACUAGUAACAAAAUAAACCCACAGUAACCAUUUGAGCCGAAUCUGUGGAUUAAGGGCACUGUAUAUAGAAAAAGAGUGAUAGUUAGAAGUGAGCUUACACUUGCGAAGAUACAUGCCAUAAAAGGACGGCAAAACAUACUAUACCAAGCAUUGUACGGAUCUGUUGCAGCUAUAUAUACAUUUUCUUUUUUUGGUCUAAA